GAACCACCAUACAGGCCUCAAGAGCUAGUAGAAGCUUUCAGCUGGCACAUCAUGGAUUUGCUUGUUUACCUUCCUCUUCUUGCUUGCUCUCUCCUCCUCUUCCCUGUCAUGCUGACUGUCGGCCGGGAGAUAGCUGCCGACGCCUGUGCCUCCGAAAUUAGUGGUUUCCAGCAUCUGAACAGCACAGGGCUGCACCUGACGCUGCACCACCCGCAGAGCCCAUGCUCGCCGGCACCACUGUCCAAGGACCUCCCUUUCUCCGCGGUCAUCGCCCACGACGCUGCGCGCAUCACCCGCCUCACCACCAACAACCCCUCCCGCCGCCCAACAUCCCUCCACCGUGGCAACAAGCCCGUCAGCAACCAAGUCGAUGACUCGCUCGCGGUCACCGUGCCGCUCACACCUGGCGCAUCGGUCGGGGUGGGCAACUAUGUGACCCGGCUGGGCCUUGGCACACCGACUACUUCCUACGCCAUGGUCGUCGACACAGGGUCAUCCCUCACGUGGCUCCAGUGCUCCCCCUGCAUCGUGUCAUGCCACCGGCAGACCGGCCAGCUCUACGAUCCGCAGGCAUCGAGCACCUACGCCUCCGUGCCAUGCUCGUCAGCGCAGUGCAGCGAGCUCCAGGCCGCCACGUUUAACCCCUCCGCUUGCUCCAAAUCUAACAUCUGCAUCUACCAGGCCAGCUACGGUGACGGUUCCUUCUCCAUCGGCUACCUUAGCAAGGACACCGUCUCCCUUGGCGGCAGCAGCUUCCCCGGUUUCGUCUAUGGCUGCGGCCAGGACAACGAAGGCCUCUUCGGCCAGUCCGCCGGGCUCAUCGGCCUCGCCCGGAACAAGCUCUCUCUGCUUUACCAGCUCGCGCCAAGCAUCGGCUCCUCGUUCUCCUACUGCCUCCCUACGUCGGCAUCAGCUGGGUACCUGUCCAUCGGGUCGUACAACCCAGGGCAGUAUUUGUACACACCCAUGGUGUCCAGCUCGCUUGACACCUCACUCUACUUCAUCAACAUCGCUGGGAUGUCCGUUGGCGGCAACCCACUCGCUGUUUCUUCCUCGGAGUACAGCAGCCUGCCAACGAUCAUCGACUCUGGCACAGUGAUCUCGCGGCUGCCUACGGCUGUAUACACAGCACUGAGCAAAGCACUGGUCGCAGCCAUGGGAGGAACGCCGCAUGCCCCGGCCUACUCGAUCCUGGAUACGUGCUUCAAGGGCCAGGUCUCGAAGCUGCACUUGCCUGCGUUGGAUUUGGCCUUCGCUGGCGGAGCAACACUGAAGCUAAAGCCGGGGAACGUGCUCAUCGAUGUCGACGAUUCAACAACGUGCUUGGCGUUCGCGGCCACCGACGACACAGCGAUCAUCGGGAACACGCAGCAGCAGACGUUCAGUGUCAUCUACGACGUCGCACAGUCCAGGAUUGGCUUCGCAGCCGGCGGCUGCAGCUGAAGAAUUGGCGUGAAAUCAGAGCUUCUUGCAAAUACAACAGUUACAACUACACAAAAGAAGAUAAAUACAUAAGCUUUGGUGUGAAAGAAGAAUGUUGCUCUAGCCUAAAUGUUCAUGCAAGUCACAAAUGGAGGAUAAAUAUGAUGGUCAUAAAGCAAGGGUGCAUAUCAAAUGAUAUGCCAACCAUAGGUAAACUGGACUGUUUGGUUUUCUUCUGUUCAGUACAACUGUACAAGUGCUUCAAUUAUUGUAAAUGACUGAAUAUGCAAAAGUAGUGAAAUGUGCCUGAAGAUUUGUGUUUUA